AGCGCUGACGGCUGAAACCAGAGUAGCGGGUGUGUGUGUGUGUGUGUGUGUGUGUUUGGGGAUGUGUUUGCAGCCCAACGGGUGGAUCAUUGCCAGGUCCCGCUCCUCUUAAUCGCAAAAUAUGCCGCUCCCAGCUCAGGUGCUCGGCAAGUAAGCGGACUUUUUCUACAGGCAGGAGCUCGGAAACCUGUAGCGUCCAAGGCUUCGGCAGCAACGGGGAGGAGAAAGAGCCUUCCAGCGCCAGUAACCACUCCCCAAAGGGAAAGUCAUGAGGGGGUGGAGAGCCAGCGCUAGGUGCGGGGGGGAGCUGCUAUUGGUACGCACGGAAUAAACACCAGCCCCUGGGAGCAGCAGCCCCCCGAGUGCAGGAGGCAGCCAGGCAGAGCGAGCGGCGCCCCGGAGCAGCAGCAUCCCGCUCCUGCCCGAACCACGUCCCUUCCCGCGGCAACUCUGAGCGCGUCCGGGCACCGCCAUGGGCUCCCCACAGAAGCCGCCCCUCGCUCACCUCUUCAAAGGGACCUUCGUGCACGCCAGCGGCUCCUCGCCCAUGGACGUGCUGCAAGGCCACCUGCUGGGCGUGGGCGACGACGGGAGAAUUGUGUUUUUGGAGCAAGCAGAUCAGCAAGAGCAACUAGCGAAGAAGUGGGGCUUCAAAGCAUCUGAUAUAAGAGAGCUUAGUAAUCAUGAAUUCUUCAUGCCAGGAAUGGUUGAUACACAUAUCCAUGCACCUCAGUAUGCUUUUGCUGGAACAAGAGUAGAUCUACCUCUUUUGGAAUGGUUAAACACAUAUACAUUUCCAACAGAAGUCAAAUACAAAGAUAAUGAUUUUGCUGAAGAAGUAUACACCAGAGUUGUAAGAAGAACGCUAAAGAAUGGCACGACUACAGCAUGCUACUUUGCAACAAUUCACACAGCUGCUUCUUUGCUACUUGCUGAAAUUAUAGAUAAAUUUGGUCAGCGAGCAUUUGUUGGAAAAGUUUGCAUGGAUAUCAAUGAAAUUGUUCCAGAAUACAAGGAAACCACUGAUGAAUCUGUCAAGGAGACAGAAAGGUUUGUUAAAGAACUACUGGAAAAGAAAUAUCAAAAGGUACAACCCAUAGUGACGCCUCGUUUUGGACCUUCCUGCACUGAGAAGUUGCUAAGUAGACUUGGUGACUUUGCGAAGGCUCAUGAUAUCCACGUGCAGAGUCAUAUAAGCGAGAAUGAUGGAGAAAUCAAACUUGUGCAGCAAAUGUUUCCUGACUAUAAAAAUUAUACUGAUUUAUAUGAUAAAACCAAGCUACUUACAAGCAAGACUGUGAUGGCCCAUGGCUGUUAUCUCUCUGAUGAAGAGCUGAAAAUUUUUAGUCUUCGAGGAGCUGCAAUUGCCCAUUGCCCCAAUUCAAACAUUUCGUUGUGCAGUGGCUUUUUAAACGUACAAAAUGUUCUGAAGCACAAUGUGAAGCUUGGUCUUGGCACAGAUGUUGCUGGUGGGUAUUCAUCUUCUAUGCUUGAUGCUAUCAGGAGAUCGAUGUCUUCAUCUAAUACCCUUCUACUCAAUAAAGUGACCAGUAGAGGCUUAACUCUUAAAGAGGCUUUCAGACUAGCAACUCUUGGAGGGAGUCAAGUCCUAGGACUAGAUGAUGUGAUUGGAAACUUUGAAGUUGGCAAAGAAUUUGAUGCACUGCUGAUUAACCCCAAGGCUUCAGACAGUCCUUUUGACUUGUUUGCUGGAGAUACUUUUGAGGAUAUUAUCCAGAAGUUCCUGUAUCUAGGUGAUGAUCGGAAUAUUAAUGAAGUAUAUGUGGCAGGCAAGCAAGUGGUUCCUUUUUCAAGUUCAGUAUAAUUUGAUUUCCGUUCUGCAAAACAUUCUAUGGAUCAUUCUGCAUCUAAGUUUGAAGGGAUUGGUUAAAUGCAGUGCCUCAUUGUCAAGAGUGACACCUCAGUUUCUUUAUUUAAUGCUAUGAAUUUGAAAAAUGAUUAUGAGCCUUGUUAGAUUACAAUUUACCUUACCAAGAUGAUCACAUUUGUAUAAGAAAAAAGGCUUUUAGGUCCAUCUUUACAAGUCACAUCCAUGAUCGGUGGCAGGGAGGGCAGAAGAGAAAGCAGGGGCAGCUAGAUUAAAGCCAGUGCAGUAUACCUACUCUACCAGAGGUUUCAAGUGAAAACCGUGCAGCUGUCUGGAGCUCACAGAUUGCCAGAGCCAAAUGGAAUUCAGACCUUGCAUGUUUUUAGUUCUGUUCUAAGCCUAGAACCUCUGGGCCUGAUUCUCUUCGCACACAGCAAUUUAUACCAGUUAACUGAAUUGACUUCAGUGGGAUUACUCCUGACUUAAACUGGUGACAGAUCAGACUCAGGCCCAAUGAUUUUUGCAAUCAGAAAUUCUCUUUUGGUAAAGAAAAUACAUAUUUUUUAAGACCAGAAAGGGAAAGUUCUUCCACCCCAACCCUCAUAACUUCCAAAUUAUCAAGAAGUUGUGUAUAAAAAGCUUUUCCUUUUUUAUGAGUGGCUAAAAACAGAGGAUCCAUAAAUAUUCCCUGUGUGUUCACAAUAUUUGUAAUUCCUGCAGAAUAUAGUUUUGAAUGGAGAUGGAUUUUUAAUAGCAAAACCAGAGCAGUCUAAAUGUAUAGGAUUUACUUGUUCCUGCAAGUGCUUGUCAGGAACCAUUAUCUGUGUUUGAGCACAGAGGCAGGCGCAAUCCCAGUCUGGUUCGCUUCCAGUUUAACGCUGCCCUUUUAAUCUUUGAAAAGGUCUGUGAGAUUAAACUCUUCCCUUGAAGAGCACAUUUCCCUAGGUUUUAGCUCUGCCAUUUUGCCUCUGGGUUUACCUCCUGCUGGCCUAAUGCAUCUUUUUCCAUGGUUGCUUUGUAACACAAUGGAAGUGCACUUGAAUGUAAAUACCCUCAGAGACCUUUCCUCUAGGCCAGUUCUACAAUAGGAAAUUAGGUCGGUAUAACUAUAUGUUGCAUAAUCCACACCCGAGUGACGACCUAACCCCGGGCAUAGACAGCGCUAGGUCGACUGGAGAAUUCUCCUGUGGACAUAGUUAGGUACUCCACCUCCCUGAGAAGUAGUACCUAUGCGAAUGGGAGAAGCCUCCCAUUGGUGUAGGUCAGUGGUGGGCAACUUGCAGUCCGUGAGCCACAUGCAGCCUGUCAGGGUAAUCCGCUGGCGGGCCACCAGACCGUUUGUUUACAUUUGCAUGGCUGCCUGCAGCUCCCAGUGGCCGCGGUUCACCGUUCCCGGCCAAUGGGAGCUGUGGUAAGCGGCAGCCUGCAGGCCACAGGUUGCCCACCGCAGCUCCAGAGGAUCCCUAAAAAUCUGCAAGCCUAAACACAGCAGAACAAUUAUAGCCAAAUAUAGCAGCCAAAACACAGCAGAACAAUUUGGGGAAGAGUCAUUGAGGAUCCCAUUGUGGAAUUUUACUCCCACCCAAGGUUUUCUAUGAAAUUCUGCCAAGCUCCCCCCCCUUGCACAAAAUUGCCUAAAUAAAGACAAAUCAAAGCACAAAACCCCCACAAAAAUACACCACAAACAAAAUAUGAGCUGGCCACAAGGCAUAAAGGGAAGAUAUGAAACAGGACUAAGGACAAGGCCAGGUCCUCAGCUAGUGUAACUUGCCAUCGCACAAUGAGCUUCAGCUGAGCGUCUGGCCCAAAAAGAGUACAAAUGGGUGAGAGAACCUCUAAUGCACAUAUAACCAACUGCUUCCAGUUGUCUACCCAGACUCUGGAUGGAAUCUUUGAUGUUAUUUGUGUCUUUCAUUUAUGUUCAGUGGCAGCAUGCAAUUCAGAAAAAAAGAUGGGCUGUGGGAGGCUAGCUUGCUGGACCAAUAUGCUUAAUGUGCACUAUGUUAAGACCAGCACUUUUUAUUUAUUAUAAAUGGAAUCUAUUUGAAAUGUUAUGUCUUUAUCUUACUGUGUCACUUAUUAAACUUCUGCUUUUAGUUAUUAAUGAAAUUGCUACUAAAUAUUGCCUAUGCUUUAUGCAGCAUUAUUUGAAUUAUUCAUGUGUAGCAAGUGGUGAUCUGCACUUUAAAAUGUUGCCUUGGCCUAAUGUUUAUAGUUAUUCAGUGAUUUUUGCCAACAGAAGGCAUUGUAGACUGAGGAGAGAGAUUCUGUAUUUGUUCAUUUGUACUGAAUGUUUUCAUUGCUGGAGUGUAAUUUCUGCUAGUAAAGAAAGAGUUAAAGGAACCCUGUCAAGUAGUUUAUGCUCAAGUGUAGGUUGUGGGGACCGGAGGGGAGGGGGUGUCCUUUAAUAGAUUUAUAAAACCUGAUAUGAAUAGAAAUAUUUUCAUUGAAUUAAGAAAAGUUCUGUGGAAACAGGCUUUUAAAAUUUAGCCUGUAGUAUGGACAGCAAAGCACAACAAAAAAGCAACAUAAAUGGACAAAAGUAAAUUGAAGUUCUUUUAAAGAAUAUUUCAGUUCUGAAAAUCAGAGAUAUUACCAGCAUAAUCAGACAUGGACUUCAAAACAUGUAUAGUUUUAAAUGUUCCCAUAAGUAAUCCAUAAAGCAUGACAAGAUGUAUAGCUUUUGAAUUUUAUAAUGCAUUCAUAUAAAA